AUGGGUUCCAUUGCAGGGGAGGAAGCAGUGCAAGGCCCAACAGAGGAGAGAAUUCUUGUUUCUGUUCGUGUGCGACCUCUGAAUGAUAAGGAGAUCGCAAAAAAUGAUUUGUCUGAAUGGGAAUGCAUUAAUGACACUGCCAUCAUAUACAGGAGCAACCUUUCAGCUUCCGAUAGGUCCCUGUAUCCAACAGCCUAUUCAUUUGACCGAGUAUUUAGAACUGAUUGCCCCACAAGACAGGUGUACGAAGAAGCAGCUAAGGAAGUUGCUCUUUCAGUUCUCAGUGGCAUCAACUCAAGCAUUUUUGCAUACGGACAAACAAGCAGCGGAAAGACAUACACCAUGAGUGGUAUAACUGAGAACACUGUAGCAGAUAUUUUUGACUACGUAGAAAAGGUAAAUGAAAAUUUUUUACAGCACAAGGAAAGGGAGUUUGUUAUGAAGUUUUCAGCAUUGGAGAUCUAUAAUGAAUCUGUCAGGGACCUCCUUAGUGCAGACAGUACGCCUCUCAGACUCCUUGAUGAUCCAGAGAAAGGGACUGUUGUUGAGAGACUCACCGAGGAAACUUUGAGUGACUGGAACCAUUUUACAGAACUUAUUUCUUUCUGUGAAACUCAAAGGCAGAUAGGGGAGACAACCCUGAAUGAAGUAAGCUCCAGAUCUCAUCAGAUUCUCAGACUGACAAUUGAAAGUACUGCACGUGAAUUUCUGGGAAAUUACAAAUCGAGCUCUCUUGCCGCUUCAGUGAAUUUUGUUGAUCUUGCCGGGAGUGAGCGUGCAUCCCAAACUAAUUCAGCUGGUACGAGGUUGAAAGAGGGUUCUCAUAUUAAUCGUAGUUUACUAACUUUAGGAACUGUUAUCCGCAAACUCAGCAAGGGGAGAAAUGGACAUAUUCCUUUCAGAGAUUCAAAGCUAACCCGCAUACUACAGUCCUCAUUAGCAGGCAAUGCUAGAACUGCAAUCAUCUGCACCAUGAGCCCUGCACGGAGUCAUGUUGAACAAACCAGAAACACCCUGUUAUUCGCAAGUUGUGCUAAAGAAGUGUCAACUAAUGCAAAAGUCAAUGUAGUGAUGUCUGAUAAAUUGUUGGUCAAGCAACUACAAAAAGAGUUGGCUAGACUGGAAAGUGAUUUGAGAAAUUCUGGUCCAACCCGCACUAAAUCUGAUUCUGCAACAUUGCUGAGGGAAAAAGACCUCCAAAUUGAGAUGUUAAAGAAAGAGAUAUCGGAUCUGACUUUGCAGCGGGACCUUGCUCAAUCUCAAAUUAAGGACAUGCUUCAAGUGGUUGGAGACGAUACGUCCUCAGCUGAAUUGGAAAGUUUGGAGCCUCAAUAUCCCAAAUUACGUGUGAGGAGUUCAUGGGACUUCGAAAAUCCAACAGAGGAACCAAAUUUAUCAAGUUUUGACUGCUUGGAGAGUGUGAGAUCUUUUGAUGCGUCUCAAUAUUCUGAUGGACACAGUUUUAGUUCUGAUGAGAACUUUUUCCAACUCCCUGAUUUGGAAAAGAAUCUUCACUUCAGGAAUUCUUCCCCAGGUCUGUCUGUUGUAAGUACUAAUGUUGAAAGGAAUGAUUUUGAUCAAAAGAGCGUUGAAGAACAGCACAAUGAUAAUUUAGGCCACCCUUGUAAGGAAGUUAAGUGCAUUGAGUCAGAAGACGUAAUUACAAACACAAAUACACACUCAAAUCCAUCAGAUUUGGGUCCAAAUUUCUACACAGACUCUAAUGCUUCAUCCCCGGAGGCAAACGCGACUAUCUCAGGAUUGACCGAAGUUGAUAAUAGAGACAAAGAAAAUCUAGAUUUGAAUUUGUCUGUGUUAAAGGAAAACAAAGAAUUGAACCGCUUACACCAAGAUUCUGCUCUUGCUUCUCCAGUGAAAAUAUCUCCAAGGCUGGCAGAAAACAGUGCAUCUAGUUGUAAAACCUUGAAGUUGACCAGAAGCAUAAGUUGUAAAGCAAAUCUCAUGAGGGAUUCAUCUUCAGAUUGGUUUGAUCAGGAAGAAAUAAUUCAGAACACACCCCUGAUAGAUAUUGAAAAAGACUUUACGAGAAGACUUGAGGAGUUUCAAAGGAAGUCCUACACACUAAAUUAUAAUGCCAAUGCUGAGAGGAUGUCAUGGACUGGUUAUGGGAAUUCUGUGGCAAUUGCUGCUGUUGAUGUACAGAAUGUGAAAUCCUCCACCGAUGAGGCAAGCGAUGGCAAUAGUACUUUAGCUCCAGGAACAAAGGAAAAGAAAGAUCUUGAUAGUUCAAAUCUACCGGAGAACCGUGAGGUUCCAGACGCAGUACUGGAGUCCAUUGUUUCAGCAAAGAAGUUCAAAGAUGUUGGAUUGGACCCAUUGCAAUCUGAUGAAGAAAAACAUUUGGAAUGGCAUAUAGAAUUUAAGCGUCUGCAAAGAGAGAUUAUUGAACUCUGGCAUGCUUGUAAUGUUUCAUUGAUUCACAGGACUUACUUUUUCCUUCUAUUCAAAGGUGAUCAAUCAGAUUCUAUCUACAUGGAGGUAGAGCUGAGAAGGUUGUCCUAUCUCAAGCAAACUUUUUCUCAAGGGAAUCAGACUGUGGAAGACGGACGAACCCUUAACCCUGAAUCAAGCGUGAGAUAUCUUCGAAGAGAAAGACAGAUGUUGAGCAAGCAAAUGCAGAGGAAGCUGUCAAAAUCUGAAAGAGAGAACCUCUAUUUGAAGUGGGGAGUUCGUAUGAGUUCAAAGCAUAGGAGGUUGCAUCUGGCCCACCGCCUGUGGUCUGAAACAAAAGACAUAGACCACAUUACAGAGAGUGCCACCAUUGUUGCAAAGCUAGUUGGUUCAGUAGAGCCAGAUCAGGCUUUUAAGGAAAUGUUUGGGCUCAACUUUGCCCCACGUCGCAGAAGUAAGAAAUCUUUUGGCUGGACAACCAGUAUUAAGCGUAUUUUGUGAGGUUGAUUGUCGAAGCGGAUUACUUUAUAGGAAGUUGGAUGUGGCCAUGUAAAAAUUUCCCCCAGGCUCCAGUUAACAUAGGAAAUUAUUUUUAACCACUUCUAUAAACAAUUUGAUCUCUAUUUUAUGCU